AUGAGCACUAAGGCUUCGUUAGCUCCGCUUCGUGCUGAGUUGCUCAAAGUUUCUGAGGAUCUUGCAUCCAUAGGAGAGAGAGUCAAGCAGUUGGCCCAGCGAUUGAACGAGCUGGAAGGUUCAGCGAACGAGGAUUUAGAGUGGGAGGUGAUCGAGGAAGGGAACCUGCCCCUUGGGGUGUCAGACCUGGAAUUCCCCUACCCAGGCGCAAGUCAGGUCCCGCAGGCACAGCCGAUACCCUCCGUGCCUAGGUACCUGUCGGAUUUGUGUCAGGAGAGGUUGAAGUCAGUUGCAUCUACUUCCCCCCUGGAACGAGCUCAGAGGGCUUUCACUCAGGGACAUCUGGCCUGGGUGGCCAGAGUGACCGGGCUGCACUAUAGACCAGCAGACGCGGUGCCUGCGCUCCCGAGCGCUCAUUUCGUAGUCAUCCGGGGUCUGGGACUUAGUCAAGCUCUUAGGACAACCACCAAGCGUGAAGCCCUCCGUGCCUUGGCAGUUUCAAAAACCGGAGGAAAUUUGCAGGUUUUCGCUAUACCUGUCCUGCAGAGGGACGGGGGAUUUUUGGUUGCACUACCAGUGGAGUCAUUUUCGAAUGAAGCUCUGGAGACAGCAGCACAUGCAGACGAGCACGAACUUUUGGGGCCUUCCCACACAUGUGUCGCUCAGCUCAGCGAGGAAGAUGAGAAUGGCCAAGAGGUCAUGAUAGACCAGGAGAUCCUGGUCCUCUUGGUGGAUGCGGCUGUCACAUAUGCAGAGCCUGCCGGAGGACAAUCGCCUGGCGUCAGCAGACAUGCAUACCCACAGCUUCCGGCCCUGGGGCAAGGCUUUGCCCACCUAGGUCAUCCCAAGGAAGCCACAGCAAAGAAGGUAGCCGCAAUGGUGGGGCCACCGCCCAAGACCAGAAAAGCUCCCCCGGCUCAAGGGGCCUUAGCACUACCAGACCCGUUCAUACCAGAGGAACCACGAGAUCUCUUUCCAGCGCAGAUAGAGACUCAUCCCAUGCUCAGUGCGUUAGCCCAGCAAAGCACGGCUCUGACCACCUUGGUCUCGCACUUGGCGGGUCAUGCGUCGGACCCUUUGGUGGAUCUGCAAGCAGGAGGCCUGUCGGGAAGUUCUUCUUCUACAAGAGGCGUUGCCAGGAGAGAAAGAAUGCAGACAGACCUGGCCUUGCGCCAAAGUCAGUACUGGCUUGCAUUCCUGCAGCAGCUGUCCAGGAAGAUGAAUCCCUCAAAGCCAGUUCCUACAACGGAGGAGGCUGCAAAGGAUGCAGGCCUGUCUUUCCUGGCCUACCUGGAGAGACAUGGCGCCUACAAGCAGUCUCGGGAGCUGGGGACCAUUUUGUGGGUCCUUGGAUACAUCAUAGAUGCUGCCAUUGCACAAGACUUCGACGGUGUAAAAGAGCACCUGGCUUUGUUUGCAGCCGCCCUAGACCAAGCUGCUCUGGAUCAGAGUUGGACGACAGCGUUCCUGGUGACUCUGGUGGAGGAGCCUCCUCCGGUGCUCUUUGCAGAGAAGGGAACCCCACUGUCAGUUGCCAAGCCAUUCACCCCCCUCAUGCCUGCCGUGUGGGGGGGGGUCCUUCUAGCCUAUCUCAAGGACAUCGACAUCAUGACCAGCAAGAAACAAGAGGGAGGAGGAAGGAAGACCGGUCAACAAACCUCGCAAGAGCAGAAGGACGGGGAAGCCUCUCCAAAACGCAGACCCCGCUUCCCGAAGAAGCCCAAAGGGGGGGGGGGGCAGCCAGACACAGGCGUGAGCAAUGAGGCUGGCCAGCUGACAGGAGAGGCGCAACCAGCACCUCCUGUCGACAAAGGACUGUGCAUAGACGACUACUUUGCUAUGAGCCUGGAGCAAGUAGGCACUCCGUUGCAGGCCUCAAAAGCCAGCCAGAAGAUAGGCGCAGCACGGGCUGCCUAUAGGCAGGCCGAGCUGUUGGGGAGCCCGGAGAAGGACAUCCUAAGUGAUAAAGCGAAAAUCGUAGGCUCGGAAGAGUUCGAAGGGAAGGAAGAGGUAAAGCCGACCUCGAUCAGAAGGCCCUUGGCCUAUCGGUUUGACUUUAUAGAACUUUUCGCAGGAGCCGCAAAGGUCGCCCAUUCCAUGGAAGCAAAAGGUCAAAAGAAAGACCAUAUGGCUUCGAUCCUAGCCAUCCACAAACCCAUACAGGCACCGCGCUUGCCCUUCGUGGUUUGCAGUGCCUUGAGUUGGGAUGGAGACACGGGGCAUGUAGUGAUCGAAGGAAAACUCACGAAGGCUAGUGCCAUGUAUACUGAUGGGCUGGCCGACGCCCUGGCCACUGUCCUUUCAGAGGCCAUCAAUGCCAGGGCCAGCGCAGAUCUCGAGUGGGAUCAAGUCCAGACGGCAGGGCUUGAGAAUGCUUUAGUGAACCAGGUAGUUGAGCAUUUGAUUUUGAAGUGGGGACCUCAGAGGGCAGCCAUUUUGGUCGACUCCAAUGUUGUGAGGCCCGCCCUUAUCUCUGGGUGGCUUUGCAUUCCAGAUGAGCUAAGGGAAGCUGUGAAGAAGACGCUUCCCGAUUGUCGCGUGGACGCGCGGCUGUUCCAGCCAGGUUUCCAGCCGGAGCAGGCAGAGAAGGGCUGGGCCUGGCGGCUCCUGGACGCUUUGCAGACGGAGACGCAGGCGGUGGAGACCGGCCGAGACGAAGGGCCUCGCUGGGUGGAGACGGAGAAGGCCGGAGCGAUGCCGACCACGCCGGUCGCACCGGCGGCCGCACCGACUCCGGCAGCGCCGGUGGCGGCGAAAGCGGAAGCGACCAGUGCACCGGUGGCGCAGGCGGUACAUGCGGAGCUUCCGGAGCUUCCGGAGGCGCCGCCCGCGCCGCCGGAGGCGCCGCCGGAAGAGUCUCCACAAAGCUCUCCGCAGUCGAGGCGGAGCUCGCCCCAGGCGCCCCCGCCCGAGGCGCCCCCCCAGAGCUCGGCGCCCUCGCCCCAUGCGCCGGCCUCGCCGCAGCGGAGGGGUGCGGCCUCGCCGGCCAAGGCCGCCGAUGGGGGCGGUUAUGCUGUGUACAUCAGUGGACACGAGCGUCGUUGCGAUAGUCUCAUUCCUCGUCAUUCCUCGCCACGCAGCAGCGGCUCCUAUGGGGAUGAGGAGUUCGAUGAGGACUUCGAGGAGGAGUCCGAGGUGGAGGAAUGA